UUACAUUUUAUAAUCUGUGGUUCACUAAAUUUAUCGUACAUCGUGUAGAUAAUUAUUGUGAAAUUAUUUAUUUUUAUCCUAAAUCUUUAUUAAAUUCCUAUAGAAACAUCUGUGAUAUUGUUAAUAAAUAAGUUAAACAAAAUGUCGAAUCCCUGGAAAAAAGUUUCAGCGCCCGUGGCGGCAGAAAACUUAUCGGACAUAAUGUCUGAACAAUAUGCAAAAGGACUGCAGGUCCAAGAAGAAAUAAAGUUCGCGGAGUUGAUAUCUGAUCAGCAAGUGUGUCCAUCGUCAUCCGAUGACAUUCCUCCGGAGAUUCUGCAGCAGUUACAGGAAGCAAACUUAACAGAAUACUGCGAUUCGGAUGCUAUUAUUGCAAAAGUGUUGCAAUGUCAGUUCGACAAAGAAUACGAUGACGAAAUCAAGAGAGUCGAGAAGAAGCGCAACGGAGAUGCCAAAGUUUCCGUGUCAUAUGAUAACUACCGCAAUGUACCCGAAAAUCUCGUGUACGACACAGAUUCGGAAGAUGAAGAUGUGGAAGUCGCAGCCAAGAAAGAUUGGGAUCGGUUCGAGACGAACGAGAAGGAAUACGCGAGUCUGCCAAAGAGGGGGUAUAUUAUCAAGGAUGGAGAGAUGGUGACCAAGCACGACAGCGUUAUCAACGGACGUAGGAACGCGUGCCGCAUCAUGGCGUUCCCACCCGAGGUGUGCACGGGCGACGGCGCUGGGUUCGACAUGAAACUGCCAAACUCUGUGUUCAACCAUUUGAAGGAACAAACUAGACACCACCAGUCACGUAGACAUAAGAUGUUGGACAGAAAAGAGAGCCAAGCUACUGCUGAAAUGGGUCUUGAUGAAGCUACUCGCCUGAUUCUCUUCAAGCUCAUCAACAACGGAAUGUUGGAGGAUAUUAAUGGUAUAAUCUCAACCGGGAAGGAAUCGGUAGUACUCCACGCUAACAGCGAUCCUUCAUUCCCAGACAUGAUCCUGCCUAAAGAAUGUGCCAUCAAAGUGUUCAAAACUACUUUGAAUGAGUUCAAAACUCGCGAUAAAUAUAUUAAAGCCGAUUAUCGCUUCAAAGACCGCUUUUCUAAGCAAAACCCAAGGAAAAUCGUUCAUAUGUGGGCCGAGAAAGAGAUGCAUAAUAUGAUGAGGAUGCAGAAGAUCGGAUUGAACUGCCCUGACAUGAUUUGUCUGAAGAAACAUAUCCUAGUUAUGUCCUUCAUUGGCAGGGAUAAUAAGCCUGCACCGAAGCUGCGGGACGCAAUCUUAAGCCCUGAGAAAUGGGAGAGUGUGUACAAGGAGGUUGUGGAAGGUGUUCACAAACUGUACAAGGAGGGACACAUGAUCCACGCGGACCUGUCGGAGUACAACAUCCUGUGGUGGGAGAACAAGUGCUGGUUCAUUGACGUGUCGCAGUCCGUGCAGCCGGACCAUCCUAAUGGACUUGAGUUCUUGCUCAGGGAUUGCCGUAACAUCAGCAAUUUCUUCGAGAAAAAGGGGGUGCCAGACGUAAAGACAGCUGAAGAACUCUUCAAGUCCAUCACAGGUUUUGAAGAAGUGGAUGUCAACCUGCUGGAAGGAGUCCACACCACUUACAACUCACUCUCAUCCCGCUUUGAAAUAGCUCCAGACGACAACAGGAAUGUGAGCUAUCCGUUUGAGUACUGCUGGAAUAAGAGCAGCGAAGCAAAACAAAAGAGUGACUCGGACAUUGAUUCUGAUGAUGAUGAGUUUGAGGAAAUGUGGACACAGUCGCAGAAGGUGAAGGCUGUUGAUACCGCUUCCAACUUUGGUAAUACGGUAAACCUGUCUGAACCAACUACAUCUAUAGUUGAUAAAGAAACCAACUUUGGUAAUGUCAUUGAUGUAUCAUCAGUCGGGGAUAUAGGUAGUACCGAGAAGGAGAAAAAGUCUUAAAAAAUUUUGUGUAGAAUCCAUGGUAUACUGAAUUUAUA